AUGCUCAGGCGGGUCGUGGUAACGGGCCUCGGCGCCGUUACGCCGCUGGGCGUGGGGGCGCGCUUUGCAUGGAAACGGCUGGUGGCAGGCGAGUCGGGUAUUACCAGCGUCGCCGACCGCGCGCCCAUUGAGCAGUGGGAGCGUCUGCCGAGCACCAUAGCGGGCGCCGUGCCCGACGGCAAGAGCAGGUCGCGUGGCCAGUGGAAUCCGGACGACUGGGUCGACGUGGCCGAGCAGCGCCGCAUGUCGCGCUUUACGCAGUUUGCCAUGGCCGCGACGGACAUGGCGCUGGCCCAGGCACAAUGGCCAGGUCCAGAGGCCGUGGCAGCGGCGGCAAGGAAGGAUGCGGCCGCCCGCACCGAGUAUGCGCCCGACGACAGCCCCGAGGCGCGCACGGGCGUGUGCAUCGGCAGCGGCAUCGGCAAUCUUGAGGCCAUCUACGAGACCAGCCUGGAUCUGCACCACAGCGGCUACAAGCGCGUGUCGCCGCUCUUUGUGCCGCGCAUCCUCAUCAACAUGGCCGCCGGCCACGUCGCCAUGCGCCACAACUUCCAGGGCCCCAACCACUCCGCGUCGACCGCCUGCACCACGGGCGCCCACGCCAUUGGCGACGCCGCACGCUUUAUUGCCCUCGGCGACGCCGACGUCAUGGUCGCCGGCGGCGCCGAGGCCUGCAUCCACCCGCUGACCUUUGCUGGGUUUGGCCGGUCACGAUCCCUGGCCGACCCCGUCUCGGACGACCCCACAAAGUGUUCGCGGCCGUUUGACCGCGAGCGGUCCGGCUUUGUCGUGGCGGAGGGUGCUGCUGUUUUGCUACUGGAAGAGCUCGAGCACGCACUGGCGCGAGGCGCGCCCAUCCUGGCCGAGCUGCGUGGCUACGGCUGCAGCGGUGACGCGUUUCACAUGACGGCACCACACCCCCAAGGCGUGGGUGCACAGCGGGCGAUGCGUGCGGCGCUCAAGAACGCCGGACUGCGGCCGCGCGACGUCGACUACAUCAAUGCACAUGCCACCGGCACGGUGAUUGGCGACCGUGCCGAGGCGGCAGCGAUCCGCACGCUGAUGGCCGACGACGACGUGACAAACGAGUCGGCCAUUACCGUCAGCAGCACAAAAGGCGCUGUGGGCCAUUUAUUGGGCGCAGCUGGCGCCCUCGAGGCCCUCUUCACCGUCCUCGCCAUUACCGAUAACCUUGUCCCACCAACACUCAACCUCACCACCCCCGACGUGGGCCCCAACUUCAACUUUGUGCGCGAAAAGGGCCAAGAAAAGAAGGUCGACGUCGCCCUCACCAACAGCUUUGGCUUUGGCGGAACUAAUGCCAGUUUGGUCGCUGAUGCCCACCUCGUCCUUGCGCCGCCGCACCUCCUCGAGAGCGCCUGCCGGGUCCGUCUCCUCCGGGUUGCGCAGCUGCCAGGCCAUGCAAAUGUCCAUGGCGGCCGUCAUCCACUUGCCCGGCUUGAUCCCCAGCGCCGCGGCUACCUGCUUGCCGUCCAGCAAGCGCUUAAUGUGCGGCGCGUCGAGCACGUCGAGUGUCUCGAGGUGGUCCAGAAACGCCUGCCAGUCCUGCAUGAGGCUGUCGAGCUGGGCUUGGCUGGGCGCGGCGUCCUUGGACGCAGUCGUCUGUGCGAGCAGCAACACCUCCCACAGCAGAGCGUACAGCACCUGCAGGCGCCAGUUGCUGCCCCGGGCCUCCCAGCUGCGGAUGGCCAUGCCGAACCGGUCGCGCUCGUGGAUCUCCGGCGCCUUGCGGUCCAGAACAAACUGCUUGAGCGCCAGGACUUCGUCGCGGUGGUGGUAGCCGCCUUGCACAACGUCGCUCAGCUUGUUGGGGGCGCGGAUGCCUUCCCGUAA